CUCCAAUGGCCACUCACAUUUUCUUUUUAGGUCUCCUAGCUUUAUGUUUCACUAUCGCUAUAGCAACCGAUAAUAGUCCUCUUCAAGAUUUCUGUAUCGCAGACUCCACUAGUCCAGUGAUAUUGAAUGGUCUGGCCUGCAAGGAUCCCAAGCUGGCUCAGGCCAAUGAUUUCUCCUUCAGUGGCCUUCACAUAGCAGGUAACACAUCCAACGCUGUUGGAUCCAGGGUGACUCCUGUCACAGUAGCCCAGCUAUCAGGACUCAACACUCUUGGCAUCUCAUUUGCCCGCGUGGACUAUGCACCUGGGGGUAUUAACCCUCCCCACUUGCACCCUCGAGCCUCAGAAAUUUUAACUGUUCUGAAAGGUUGCCUUGAAGUCGGGUUUGUCACGUCCAACCCUGAUAACCGUCUCAUUACAAAGGUACUUCAAAAGGGGGAUGUUUUUGUCUUCCCGGUGGGUCUUAUCCACUUCCAAAGAAAUGCAGGACAACACAAUGCAGUUGCCCUAGCUGCUCUCAGCAGCCAAAAUCCUGGUGUCAUCACAAUCGCUAAUGCAGUGUUUGGAUCUAAUCCAGCCAUUUCAAGUGACAUUCUUGCCAAGGCUUUCCAGACAGACAAUAAAAUUGUGAAUGACAUCCAAUCAAAGUUCUAGAGAAAAGCUUGAAGGCUUGCCGGAAUAAGGAAGUGCCUGUCCAACCAAUUAGUUCUGUGUCUGUUUGAGUCUUUGAUUAACAGUUUGAGCGAGUUUGCUUACCCUUUGUUUAAUUUUUUAUGUACUGUUCCAUAAUUAUCCUUCCUUUGAAUGUUGGAAAGUUCGCCAUGAUCCCCAAAUAAUUUAAUCCUAAAAUGCCUGAGAGGGGCUUUGCCUCCUGACAUUAUAGGACUUGCAACCCGAUUUGGAAUAAAAGCCUCUUGUGUUUUUUCUUUUCUUUUUUUCAAA